AUGUCUUACUCCUACAACGUUUACAACGCUAUUCCACAGGGCAGAGUCAUGGUGGUGAAGAAGAAGACUGCAAAAGUGGAGGCUGUUGCGCUGGAUGAGGAAAAAUUACAGAAGCUGAUAGCCUCUCUUUCGGUCCACGAAGGAGAAGAUGGGGUCGGGCAGGUUGCCCGGACCCUGCAGUCCUGUUUGGAGCUGACCCAGCCGGUCCAGCAGAUCCAGCUGGUCAAAAAGGCGGGAUCCCAGCUGGAGGCGCUGAGUGAAGAGCAGUAUUGCGGAGCGUUAGACGCCUGUCUGGACACUCUGGCGUCGGUCUACAUCUCCCUGCAGGCCAAGAACCCUCUGCGUCGCGCCAUUGCCAGUGCUUUAGGUUCAGUACCGGCGUGGCUUCAGGAGCAGGCUGUGAACAGUCUGUCCGCCUGCUUGUCCGACUGCAUGUCCAGCUCAUCUUCAGACCAGUAUUCGCACAUCGUAGACACCAUCUCUGCCUAUCAGGAUAGCUUUCCGCUUGUGUUACAGUUCCUUCACAAAGUUUUGCUCGAGUAUCUUCACCAGAACAGCCGUCUUGCAGGCCGUCACAUUGUCCAGGCCCAGCUCAUGCAGUCCUGCCUGGCCGCAGUGAAAACCUCCAUGCUGGUGCUUCAGAGAUCUCAGGACACCCUCAGCCUGGCCCUGCAAACCCGGCAGACUCAGCUAGAGGAAACGCUGGGAGUCCUCCUGGGCUGCUACGUUCAAAUCCUCACAGAUGAGGAGUUCAUCCAGUCGGUCCAGAGUACGGCAGGCAUGGCUGUGGUGUUGCUCAUCCGGUCCGUCAUGGGCUCAGGAGAUGAAGUCGCUUCGGUGGUGUGCAGUCUGCUGCGUGGCUCCGCUCCGGGGUUGGACCCGGCGCCCCGGUGGCUCCGGCAGAGGUGCGAGGCUCUGUGCCACGGCGGGCGGCCGCCCGGGAUCUCCCUGUAUCUGUGCCACGGGGCUCUGGCCAUGCUGAGCUGGAGGGGCGCGCUCCCGGGGCCGCAGUGGGAGCGGCUGCUGCUGUUGGUCCCGACCACGCUGCUGGACCUCGACGUCAGCGGUGCUGCUCUGGAGUGCUUGCAGGAGGGGAAGCCCCCCUGCCCCCCCGGCCUCCGGGAGUCCCUCAGCGGAGGCUCGGAGCUGCACCAGCGCCUGGUGGAGCACGUGUACUCCCACUGGGAGCAUCCGCUGGACGGCGUCCGCCACCAGACCCGCUCCCUCUUCCGCAACCUCCUCCUGCUCCACCAGCUCACCGGCGGGGGCCCCGACCCGCGGGAGGACCCGUACAUCGCGGAGCUCACCCGCAGCCUGAUGGGCCUGGAGUGGCACAUGAGGGGGAAGUACGGCUCCCUGGGGUGCCUGGUGGAGCUCUACGGGGCCGAGCGCCUGCUCGCGAUCCAGCCCCAGCUGCCGGCCCGUCUCCUGGGCCUGAUGGGGGAUCAGACCCUGGCCCCCUACGCCAGCGACCUGCUGGAGAGGCUGUUCGUCAGCCACAAGGCCGAGCUGGAGCGCGCGCAGGGCGAGGCCUGGAUGGAGGGCUGGCACCGGACGUGGGUCGGCCCCCUGCUGCACGCGCUGUGCCGCGCCAGGCUGGACCAGACCACCUACAUCCUGGACUACUUCCUCCCCAAGCUGCUCCGCUGCAGCCCCUCCAGCCUGGCCCACAUGGUGCAGGCCUUACAGGACGCUCCGCCCUGCAGCCCAGGCAGCAGAGGAGCCCUGGGAGCAUUGAUCACAUGCCUGCGGGCAGCCAGAGCCCAAGGAGUUUUGCCAUCCUCGGAGGAGGGUCUGUGGGGCGGGCUGGUUCCUCUCACUUUGCUUCAACAAGCACUUAUACACAAACAUGAUCAAGUGAGGAUGGAUUCUCUGGGUUUGGUGUGUGAAAGCCACCGCAGCACUGAGGCUCUGACCUCCCCCGAAAUGGAGCUGAUCCGCCACUUUCUCCCACCCAACCUCAACAGCCAGUCGCCAGGCAAGAGGCUGAUCCAGGAGCAGAAGGACGCAGACCUACACACGCUGCGCCAAUACAGGGAGUUCCUGCAUUGGCUGUGUGAGACGCUGCUGGAGGCUUUGCUGCCCGGAGCUUCCUUUUCGAAAUGCCUCCUGUCCCUCCACCUGCUGGGUCUGCUGGCUCAGCUCUUCGGCUUCAACAUGGAGCCCGAUGUUUUUGCCCUCGGCGAGGCCGUGUCCCCGGCAUAUGCUCAGAACGUCCUUUACUGCGUGGCCAGCAAUUUUCUGGAGGUCAAACAACUGGCCACAGCGCUACUGCAGCAGCUUCCCCCAUCGGUCGUUGGACUACAGGUGCCAGAGAGAAUGCUCAGCGUCCUGCGGGCUGCUCUGGACCUGAGCACCAGCACCAAGCCCUUCGACAGCGUGACGGCGGCCCACCUCCUCCACCUGCUGCUCCGCCAGCCGGACCUGAGCCGGGCUCUGCUUCAGUGCGCCCGGGAUCAGGGCCUCGACCUCCAGCCCCUCCCUCCACCCGCUCAAGCCUCCGAGGCGACCGUCUUAGAGAUCAACACUCUGGCCGUGGUCCGGUUCUUGCUGCGCCGCCUACAGUCGGAGGUGUCCAAGGCGGAGGCGUCCCUCCUCCAGGCGGCGGCUUCUUUCCCGCUCUACGGCAGGGCGCACUGCAUCACCGCCGCCCUGCAGCACCUGAGCACCGAGAGCUUGAGUCAGACCGAGCAGUGGAGACACCUGGUCUCAGAGCUGAUCGCCGUGUGCUACCGGAUGUCCGACGUGGUGUCCCCUGUGGUCCAGAGCUCCUCCCCGGAGGGACUCAUCCCGAUGGAUAACAACACAGAGACGUCAGCUGACCUGCAGAGGAUCCUGCAGGAGAUCCAGCCCAGGGACACAAACGACUUCUUCACCAAUGCCAGAGAACUGGAGGCAAACCAGGGAGGUGAUCAGACUGAGGCCACGCACCCACCACCCCUCAACACAGGCGGCGAGGGCUACAGGGUGACGGCCCAAAUGGUGCUGGUGUGCUGCUGGCGGAGCAUGAAGGAAGUGGCCAUGCUGCUCGGACAGCUGUGUCAGAGCAUGACUCUGCACUACACUAACGACCACGCACUGUUACACACCGGGCUCAUCACAGAGGAGCAGGUGGAGGGGGUCGGCCUAUACUUCCGUCAGCAGCUCCUGCAGUCCCGUCAUCGUGGCGCCUUCGAGCUGGCUUAUGUGGGCUUUGUGCGCCUCACCGACAUGCUGUGCAGGAGUGGAAGUCGGGCCUUGCAGCAGCUCCCAGCCCGUUGGCUGUCCGAGGUUCUGGAAGAGGUCAAAACCAGCGACCCGACGUCCAAACUGUGUGCAACCAGACGCAGCGCCGGGAUACCCUUCUACAUCCAGGCUCUGCUCUCGUCUGAGCCCAAGUCUUCUAGCUGCAGUUUGUUGAAGAUGACCAUGAGAGAGCUGAUGGCUUUGGCCAUGCCCUCCGCGGACAGGAACACCGACAGCUCGACGGUGCCUCAGGUCCAUGCUCUGAACAUCCUCAGGGCUCUGUUCAGGGACACUCGUUUGGGGGAAAACAUCAUUCCCUUUGUCUCGGAUGGAAUGCAGGCUGCCGUGCUGGGCUUCACCUCUCCCGUGUGGGCAGUGAGGAACUCCUCCACUCUUCUCUUCAGCACUCUUAUCACGAGGAUCUUUGGGGUGAAGAGAGGGAAGGAUGAACACUCUAAAAAGAACAGGAUGACCGGUCGGGAGUUCUUCACUCGUUUCCCAGCUCUCUAUCCGUUCCUUCUCAAUCAGCUGGAAGAGGCUGCAGCCACAGUGGAAAGUAACAGUGGCCAUGUGAAGCUACACCCAAGCCUGUUUUUGCUGCUGCUUGUGCUCAGUCGCCUCUACCCGUCCCCCAUGGAUGGAUCCUCAACACCUCUGGGACUUGCCCCCUUCUUGCCCUUUAUCAAGAGAUGUGGCCACUCGGCUGUGUAUCGGACCAGAGAGAUGGCAGCCCGGGCCCUCGUCCCCUUUGUCCUGGUCACCCAGGUCCCGUCCACUGUCAAGUCCUUGCUGCUGGACCUCCCUACAGAACCGGGACCCGACAUCCAACACAACCACAUCCACGGCACUCUGCUGCAGGUCUGCUCCCACGCGCACACCAAGCCUUUACACUCACGCUGCGGGAGCUGCAUGUCAGUUCCACAUGUCAAACAUUCGGCGCAGUAUCCACACAGAGAGUGUCGAGACGAGGCGGUUAUCGCAGGCCUUUUAUCGAACACGACCGAUGGGGGUUUGGCGAGGGAGACGGCGGGCGCUGAGUGGGCAGAAUCCGUACCCAAGGGGUCAGAGCAAGGCCUGGAAAACGGCGGCGUUUUCUUCAGGGGUGAGACGAACGCCAACGGUCUGAUGGCGGCCGGUUCUCCCGGGAGGUCCGCUGUGGGACGGAGGCAUUUUGCUUUCCUGUCUCGGCUGCCACAUGUGGAUCUUCGACAGAUGUGUCCUGAUCCUCUGCUCAUCCAGUUCCAUCUAUUUUCCCUCUUUUCUCCUGCACAGAUUUGA